ACAACCACAGCGUCGAAAGAAUGGACGAGAAUUGCUUCAGAAUUUCCAAACAAGAGCCAACGGGAGAUCUGAACUUCUACACGUUGCAGAAGAACCGUUUCCCUUGCAACUCCGCCUUGUGUUUAGUUCAAUGUGAACGCUGUCCGAAGGGCAUCGCUUGCGCUCAUGAGUAUACUUGCACGUGUCAGCAAUAUGCAUACAGAAAUUCAUGUAAACACUCGCACAUUUUGAUGUUAUCGGAGCGAUUAACUCCGAAUGCGGUAUCCGAUUGCGAUGACAGAGCAUCAUCGAUCUCGGCUGAUGAUAGGGUUAAAACCGUCGCUGGACCGGUGUUCGUCGACGGGGUUGAAACCGUGGGUGUAAGGGACGUCACUGAUGGGGUUCCAACCAGCAAUGGGACGACGAUUGUCGUCGACGGGGUUGAAACCGUCGAAGAUGAGGUGAAUUAUUUCUAUUCAUGCCGAUGACUAAUUUCCCUAAUUUAUAAGUGUGUCAAUUCUGAAACAGGCACUGUCCAUAGAUGCAGCCAUUGCCAAAUUAGGUUCAGUUUUCGAGGAAGUUUGCUCAAAUCUAGCCAUUUCUGAAUGCGUUCCGAAAGGUGGGUACACAAACAAAAGUUCCAAAGUAUGAGAAGAAAAAGAGUUGCAAACUAGCAACAUGACGUACAAGUAGUUCGAAUUCAGUAAUUGUGGCUAGUCUUUAAAAAUAGUUGGACGUAAUUCAGGGUAAGAUUAAGGCCUCCAUCGAAAAUGACCACUUAA